AUGGAGGAAACCCAGAUAACACCCCCACCAUCGGUCCCCAGCUGGUCCUCAACCUCCACCCAGGACCAGUCCUUCACUGCCGGCCAAGCUUCAAGCACAGGCCCACAGCCCUCAAAGUCCUCUGUCAUCCCACCCCCAGUGAAGUCCAAGGGCCCGAGUUCCGGGGCUGGGGUACGUCGGAUGCGCAGGAUCAUCGCUGAGGAUGCUGAGUGGUCAGUGGCCAUUGUGCCCCUCCUCACAGAACUCUGCAUUCAACACAUUGUCAAGAACUUCCAGAACAACCCUAUCCUGAAGCAGCUGCUCCCAGAGCAUCAGAAGAAGGUCCUGAACCAACUGUCCCCCGACCUGCCGCUGGCUGUGACCGCCAACCUGAUAGAGGAUGAGAACUACUGGCGCCGCUGCUGCACGCAACGCUGGCCCGUGUGCCACGUGGACGAGCACGGCGGCAGCUGGAAGCGCAUGUUCUUCGAGCUGCACCUGGAGAACCUGCUGAAGCACUUCAUCCCCGGCACCACGGACCCCGAGGUGAUCCUCAGCCUGCUGCCGCUCUGCAGGAACUACGUGCACACGAUCCGGGUGGAUCAGUUCCUUCCGCCCGUGCAGCUCCCGCCCCCACUUCGGGGCGGGGAUCAGUCCGACUCCAGCAGUGAAGGAGAGAUGGAGGAGGAGCCGGCCAUGGGCCACUACCAACUGGGCGACCUGGUGGCUGGCCUGAGCCACCUGGAGGAGCUGGACCUGGUGUACGGUGUCAAGGACUGUGGCAUGAACUUCGAGUGGAACCUCUUCCUCUUCACCUACCGCGACUGCCACUCCCUGGCAGCCACAGUCAAGGCAUGCCACACGCUCAAGAUCUUCAGGCUGACCCGAAGCAAGGUGGACGACGACAAGGCCCGCAUCCUCAUCUGCAGCCUCCUGGACCACGCGGCCCUAGAGGAGCUGGACCUGUCACACAACCUCAUCGGAGACCGGGGCGCGCGCGCCGCCGCCAAGCUGCUGGGCCACAGCCGCCUGCGCGUGCUCAACCUCGCCAACAACCAGGUGCGCGCGCCCGGCGCCCAGUCGUUGGCUCACGCCCUGGCGCACAACAGCAACCUCGUCUCCCUCAGCCUGCGCCUCAACUGCAUCGAGGAUGAGGGCGGCCAGGCGCUCGCCCACGCCCUGCAGACCAACAAGUGCCUCACCACACUGCACCUCGGGGGCAACGAGCUGUCCGAGCCCACUGCCACGCUCCUCUCCCAGGUGCUGUCCGUCAACACCACGCUCACUAGCAUCAACCUGUCCUGCAACCACAUCGGGCUGGAUGGCGGGAAGCAGCUUCUAGAAGGCAUGUCAGACAACAAGACCCUCCUGAAGUUUGAUUUGCGCCUGUCAGGUAUCGCCCAGGAGAGCGAGUAUCUCAUCGGCCAGGCCCUCUGUGCCAACCGUGAAGCAGCCCGCCAGCGGGCCCUGAGUUCCAGCCACGGCCAAGGGCCCUGA